UUUCCACACCCACCGCGCCCGAGAGCGACGGGAAGUACCUGCGAUGAGCCCUCCUGCGCCGCCUUGACUCGCCGCCGCCGCGAUCGCAGCAGCCGGCUCGGACCGCCCCGCCGCUCCGCAGCAGAGACCCCGCCGCGAUACAUUUCAUCAGCUCACGAAUGGAAGUUUAAGAGUCUUUAUACAAAAUAUAUGUGAGAAUGGAAACUUCAUCUUUGUUAUCAUCCUUACAUGAUGAAUGCAGAUCAGACAACUAUAUUGAACCUCAUUACAAGGAAUGGUACCGAGUAGCUAUUGAUGCACUGAUUGAAGGAGGUUUAGAAGCCUACAAAGAAUUUCUUUCCAAAGAGAGAUGCUCAGAGUUCCUAGCGGAUGAGGAAAUUGAUUAUAUCUUGAACAAUGUUCACAAACUUCCUCAAAGCACGAUUUAUUCCUCUAACCAUGCCAUUGAUGACACCUCUUCCUCGGGAACCUACUGGCCUAUUGAAUCAGAUGUGGAAGCUCCAAAUCUUGACUUAGGUUGGCCCUACCUGAUGCCUGGAAUUUCUGGUGGCACAAAUAUUGAUCUGCUUUUUCAUCCACCACGAGCACAGCCUUAUACCAUAAAGGAAACUGUUCGGAAGAUGAUACGAGAUGCAAGAAAGGUCAUUGCCAUUGUUAUGGAUAUGUUUACAGAUGUGGAUAUCUUUAGAGAAAUUGUGGAGGCAUCUGCUAGAGGGAUUGCAGUGUAUAUCCUGCUUGAUGAGUCAAACUUUGGUCACUUUCUGAAAAUGACGGAGAAACAAGGCUGUCAAGUUCAGAGGCUCAGGAACAUGAGGGUGCGGACAGUAAAAGGACAAGAUUACUAUUCUAAAACAGGAGCAAAAUUCCACGGAAAAAUGGAACAAAAAUUUAUUCUUGUUGACUGUAAGAAAGUCAUAUAUGGUUCUUACAGCUUUAUGUGGUCAUUUGAAAAAACCAACCUUAGUAUGGUUCAAGUUAUCACAGGACAGCUGGUUGAAUCCUUUGAUGAAGAGUUCAGGACACUGUAUGCCCGUUCUUCUGUUCCUAGUUCAUUUGCCCCAGAAUUAGUGCGGGUAAACAGUCGCAGGAUACUCUGGGAUAAUGAUACAUACCAACACUCAGUGUCUUCCUUAGCUUCAGUUUCUAGCCAAAGAAACCUUUUUGGUAGGCAAGACAAGGUUCACAAGAUAGAUCCUGUUUGUUGGAAAACUCAUGGAAGAUACGCAGUAAAUGAAAUAGAUAAAUAUGUCUUGAGAAAUCAAGCAUAUAAUAAACAACCUUUUCAUCCAGGUUUUAAUAUGCAAAAUCCAAUCCAGCAGUAUCAACCUAGUGAAAAAAAUGAGCACUGGAAGAGACAUAGUUAUGCUGGGGAGAAGCCAGAAAGGACACCUUAUCUAUUGCUCAACAGAGCUAUUAAUAGAGCCAACAAUCCAUCAAAUACUUGGAAAAUGCCAUCUGAUAGCCUUAGUAUUGUUUCUUCAUUACGAGGAGGUUACGCAAAUAACUACAAUACACCACAGCAAAGUUUUGCUGAUCAGUUUUCACGACCAAAGGUAAAUCUUGCAGAAAGAAACUCAAUUGUACGGAGGUCUUUCAAUGGGACAGAUAAUCAUAUCCGCCAUCUGCAGCAAAGGAUGCCGACCCUUGAACACACAACAAAGUCAUUCCUACGUAACUGGCGAAUUAAGUCAUAUUUGAAUGAUCAAUCAGAUUAUCCAGUAGAGUCUAAUGGGUCGGCCUUGGGUGAUAGAUAUGAUAGCUAUGACACAGCUGAAAAUAUUAAAGCUCAUGCACUGUAUUCUCAUUCUCGCUUACGAUCAUCAUUGGUGUUUCAGCCAACUUUACCUGAGCAGCAGGAAGUAAGCAGCUGUGCAAGUUCUUCAAAUUCAACUAUAAUUGGAUCAGAGGGAAGUGCAACACCUAAGGGGACAUCUAAUCAUGCUCCAAGUGUGGAAAAUGGAACAGAUAAUAUUUUAGAAGAGCUUAGCACAACCAUCCCACUUAAAUCAGAUGCACCAAAAAACCACAGAAUUCAUAUUGCAGACAGUACAAAACCUAGUGUAAAUUCAACUACGACGGGCAACUCAUCUAUCUACUUGUACACAACACUGUGUGGAGACAAACAUGCAGAAAAUUUAAAGAACCUUCAAAAUGAAAAUAUGCUUAAGAGGAGAAGUUUCCCCAUGUUUAAUUCAAAGUCCAUAUUAGACCCUGGUGCUAACAAACAUGCAUCCAGUUAUGUUUACAGCACAUUGACUAGACAUAGACUUAAAGAGCCAGUUAGUCCAAAACUUCCAGAAGACACGCUGAAGAGCUCUAAAAGUUUGCACAGUAUGACCAACCACUUGCCACAGGAGGAAAAGAGCCUCAAAGGAGAGCUGAAGAGCCCAACUGCUAGCAAGGCAAUCUCUAUGGCUGCUCUCGCUGAAGCUAGCAAAGAGGAGUCUUGUAAGGAUUGCACAUCAAAGAAAGAAAGUAAGAAUUCCCCAAGUUUUCUAAAGAAAGGAUCCCAGAAAUUGCGGUCACUUCUUAAUCUCACACCAGACAAGAAGGAAAAUUUGUCAAAAAACAAAGGUCCUUCCUUUUACAGAAUGUGUAGUAGUUCUGACACUUUGGUUUCUGAAGAAGAGAAUCAAAAACCAAAGAUUUCUGAGAAUAAGACAGAUUCUUCCCCAAGGAGAAAGAGAAACACAUCAUCAAAUUCUCAAGGUAGCUUGAACAGAAGUAAAGAAGAUGUCACUGGGAGCCCAACAAAGUCUCCGAAGUCACCAAAACCUCAAAAACCUCCAUCUGAUGAAAGCAAUAAAAAGUGUCCUCUCUUGUGUCCCCUUGAAAGUAAGUUCAUAGAAACUGCAGGAGAUGCAUCUACCCCAAGAUUUAAUACAGAACAGAUUCAGUAUCAGGAUGUAAAGGAAGUCACCACAAAUACUACUCCUGAAAGUACCUCUGUUUCUGCUCUUCAAAGAUCAAGUUCAGUGACACCACAGCUGGCAAGUUCAAAACGGCAAGAGGAGCUAAGAUCUCGCUUGAGUGAAAGGCGUGUUUAUAGCCGCUUUGAGCCAUUCUGCAAGAUGGAAAAUGCUAGCCAACCUGCAGGAAAUGCACGCAACAGCAGUUCACAUCUCUCAGAUAUCAAAUGCAAGACCUUAGGGAAUAAUUACGGCAGGAGUAAUCACAUGGUCAGCUACAACUCAACUGCUUACCAUCCAUUGCAGCCUAAUGAAAAUAAGCUGAGAGGAUUUAUGCAAAAGUUUGGGAACUUCCUACACAAAAGCAAGUAGAACUUCUAUUGCUUAUGUUGAAACACAGCAAGAGUACCAAAGCUGGACAUAAUAUUAACUGGACAAGACUGAUGGGCAACUUUUGUAGAGCUUACUUGGGUUUCUUCUUGGGUCUAUGACACUGGAAUGAAUGUACAUAUUUUUACGUAGUUAUCCUAGAAUUGUUAUACUUAAGUCUUUACAGAAAUUCUGUAUCCAGAAGAUGUCUCAAGGGAGUUGUUUAUAGUGUUUAUAUUGUAAGAUUAAUUUUAUACAUUUUCCUUGUGAAGAAAAUAUGUACUAACAUAUUGUAAGAUUAAGUGUGGGGAAAAAAAGAUGGAGAAUGUUUUUAAACUUCAAAUAAUACUGUUUCCAAAGAUUUGCCCUUUAAAAAUAGGACAGCACUAGUAAUAGUGACUUGAAUUUUUUCAGCAUUUAUGUACACUUUCAAAUGAUAAACACAAAUGUUAAUGCAUUGCAUGUUACUUAUUUUUAAACUAAUUUUUGAAAACCUCUUUUAGGCUUCAUCUUGUUAAUAAUUUACCCCAUAGCAUCUAUCGAACUGUUUGAGCAGCAGAUGGAUCUAUCUUACUUUAUUGAGUUUUCCAUGUAAUAUGGUAUUUUUCUGAAGUAUUUGGCACACAGAUCUUAAAGUGGCCUUAAUCUGAGCUUUCACAGACUUGUUUACAUGGUUAAACUAGUGUGAAUGUAGAAUGAACGUUAAAAAAAUUAUUUAUAAAAAUGUGCCUUGAACAUAACUUACAACUAGUUCAAUUUCAAUGGGUUAAUUACAUUUGUAUAACAUGCCAGUAUUCUGUAAUGUAUUCUAAAAAUAGCUUUUUGUUACAUUUUUCUAUUUGAUAUUUCCAAAAAAAAAUUCUCCAUGGACUUCCGUUUCUCAGGUAAGUUUCUGAGUUUCACAUGCAACAGUCUGUUUCAAAUGUUGCCAGAUAUAUUUGUACUUUGGCUUUAAUAACCUAUUUUUUUAAAUAAGGUUGCAAGUGCUUAGACUAGGUAUAUGAGGGGGAUUGCAAACUCAACCUGCAGUGCUGCCUUAUGUCAGGAUGAAUAUUACAAGGCUGGGAACAAUUAGGCACCUAAAAAUGAGAUUCAUAAAGUCACCCAUCAGACAAUAAGGUACGUCUCCUAAGCCAAAGGAAGUAUCAGUGUAUGGUGAUAGUUGCAAGUGUUUAACCUUAAUGAAGCUAUUUAGGCACCAAACUGCAGUCUAAGGGAUACAUUUUUGUUCAUCUGAGCCUCUCAGUCAUAAAAAAAUUCCUGAUAUGAAGUGACAACGCCAGAUUAGUGCUUACAAAAAACGGGCAGGGUGCUGUGUUUGGGCAGCAGCAUGGCAUCCAUUUCUCAUCUGCAGUGUGCAGCCAGAACAUCCAGCUGGCUCAGGCACUCCUGGAUGUGGGGUUGGUCUCCUAGAAGAAUAGCAUAACCAUUUAGCUGCAAGAUGCUCUGUGACAGUUUUGUUCAAAAUUCAGAAAUUUGGGAAAACUAAUUGCUGAAAACUCAUAAUUCUUAUACAGGGUCUUCAUGUUUCAGGAGCAUGUUUUAAGAAACCACUACUUCCCUCUUAGAUCUGAAAGGUCCUACAGUGUUCUGUGGAGGAGUCCCACUAUGAAGAUCUUGGCUUUAUUCUCUAAAAACAAACACUGAAAAGGCAUUUCAUGCACCAGCUAGAUCGAUUUCAUUUGUAUCUUUUACCUGUGGCCCUGGGAAGAGAUUUUACACAGAAAUCUACUUCUCACCGAGAAUCUGCUCUGGCUCAUGUGAACUCACCAUAGUUAUCAUCAGUGAUUUCAGUGAAGCAGCGUCAACUUUUUAUUCAUACUGUUUCUCAGGCAACUUUAUUAAGCUGGUGCAGCAUGACUAACUGUUUCACUGUGGGGAUAGUAUUUAUUUAUGAGAGUGACGAAGUCUUGCAUCUCAAUCCUCUGCCAAAGUUUAGAUGUCCCCUUUACCUGUGACUACAGAAGAUUUUUAUUAAUUUCAUAGUGAACACUGGUGACUUUGUUCACUCCUUGCUGAAAUGCUAUAGUUGGUAUUUUUCCCAAAUGAACACUUAUACUGAAAUAUUCUGUAUAAAUUUUCAGACCCAAGUCAAGGAGUGUCUUCUUAGUACACCAGGCAUAUUUUGGAUAUAGGCAUAGCAUAAUUCCACAGCUACGCAGUCAACAAUGCAAUACUGUACUUUUUAUAUCUCUUAAUAUUUUUUAGCAGAGCAGACAGCUAUCCAGGAUAGUGCCUGAAUUAACAGUGCAGGAAAGGAACUUAAUCAAGAUGCAGGUGGUGCUAAGAAUUGUGGGGGUAGGUUUUAGGAGGAUGUUUAGUUUUCCCUAGUAUUCUUAUGAGCUCUGACAUACACUUGUAGGCAGUACUAUGUUUGGGAAAGAAAUGACAGAGGGAGAACAAGGUUCUUGGGGCAAGUUUUUAAGUGACAGUGCUUUCCAUUUUGUAGUAAAGUUUAUGAAAUCUAUUUUAAUACAGUUUGGAAAUAUUUUACUGUAUUUUUCAAAGUAGAUUGCUAAUUAGAGAGUCCUGAGAAGGCAGAUAUUUUAAUUUACCAAGUUGUCUAUGUUUAUAGAUAUAUACUGCUAUUUUGUACCUACAUGGAAGAUUAAGAGCCUUCAGUGAAGAGCUUGCUCAUAGACUUAAUAAUGCAAAAAAAUGAUAAAUGAUCACAGUAGAACUAGCGUUUUUUCAUUUUCAGAUCUCUCCUCAGAGAUCCCACAUAGGAAUGUUGCUACAUUAAGGCCUGAUCUGAGGUUAAUUGAAAUGAAUGCAAAAGACCAACAUGGACCUCAAUGGAAGUAGGAUCAGACACUUAAUGUACUGACACCACUAUUUUAGAAAUGCUACAAGACCCAGGGCUGCUUGAGGAACACGAGGCUCUAACACCACAAGAAGAGCAGCCCCAUGCCCUGCCUGCAGCUGUGGCUUUGAAGGUGGGGGAGCACACCGGGGAGCUCCAUAGAUGAUGGAGGACCAACUGUUAUUUGGUUCCCUCCAGAACUGUGUGGUGAAGGUGGAAAAACAGCACCCACCCAGUCCUGUCUGAUUUGCCUCAUGUGUCUGUAGGAACCCAGCUGUUCACAAAACAGAAAGAAAAAGUAUGAGGGGAAAAAAGGUAGCUGCAUCUGCAAAGAAAAAGGAUAUGCAUAUUUCUGGAAGGAAAAGUAGAGUUUGUAUUUUUGAACCUCCUUUUCCCAAAGCUUGUCUUGAUAUUUCUGCUUUUCCAAGGAGUUGCAUUUCAUGCAGUGUGUCCUAAAUGUGUUCUGCACAUUGCAGGUUUGUUACACCCCGCACACACCCAAUGCACUCCCAGUUUUGUAAGGCUGUGAAGUAAUAGCUGUUGCUGUGCAUGACGGUCAUUUGGCCAAAUGGCUUUGGAGUUGUGAAACACAUAAAAAAUGAUGCAUCAUUUCCACACUAAAUAAAACUCCAUUAGCACCAUAAUAGAUCUAGGAGGGCAGCCAUGCAAAAGCUGAGUUACGCAGUGCUGAGCAUGGUCCUCAGGACCACCGUCAGCAGCGGAGGGCAGUGAAGCCAGGAGGUAUAGGCUCCUCAUAUGGUGCCCAUUCAAUUCAUGUCAUAAAUAAACCACCCCUACAUACGGUCAUAAUACUUAGUGAAUCGAUUGCUUCAUUUCUUCAGCCCUGUAAUAAACAACUUUUACCACCUAA